AUGGCCAACAGACCCAACACAACCGAAGUAUUCGCUUAUCGAAACGAGGGUCCAAAGUUCAAUAGCGUGAGCUUGGUGCGAAACAAGCUCAACACCGCGGAGUUAGCGCGAUCACGUCGAGUGACGGCAUCGUUUUCGUCCGAGUCGUCGAUAAUCUACCUGGUUGAGGUCAGUUCAUGA